GACGCCGCCGCCGCCGCCGCUUUGUUGUCGCCUCCUCCGGCUGAGGAGACUCCCCGAGCGGGGGGGAGCGGGAGGAGGGGGGGUCGGCCGCCGCCAUGGAGGCCAACUGGACCGCGUUCCUCUUCCAGGCCCACGAAGCUUCUCAUCACCAACAACAAGCAGCCCAGAACAGCCUGCUGCCCCUCCUGAGCUCUGCUGUGGAGCCCCCCGAUCAGAAGCCGUUGCUUCCAUUACCAAUAACUCAGAAACCUCAGGCAGCCCCAGAAACGUUAAAGGAUGCCAUCGGGAUUAAAAAAGAAAAACCUAAAACUUCCUUCGUGUGCACUUACUGCAACAAAGCUUUCAGGGACAGUUACCACCUGAGACGCCACGAGUCUUGUCACACAGGGAUCAAAUUAGUGUCACGGCCAAAGAAAACCCCCACCACGGUGGUGCCCCUUAUCUCGACCAUCGCCGGCGACAACAGCCGAACUUCAUUGGUCUCGACUAUCGCGGGCAUCUUGUCGACGGUCACUACAUCCUCCUCCGGCACCAACCCCAGUAGCAGCGCCAGCGCCACGGUCAUGCCGGUGACGCAGGCGGUCAAGAAGCCGAGCAAGCCGGUCAAGAAGAACCACGCCUGCGAGAUGUGCGGGAAGGCCUUCCGGGACGUCUACCACCUGAACCGGCACAAGCUGUCCCACUCGGACGAGAAGCCCUUCGAAUGUCCCGUUUGCAAUCAGCGCUUCAAGAGGAAGGAUCGGAUGACUUAUCACGUGAGGUCUCAUGAAGGAGGCAUCAACAAGCCGUACACUUGCAGUGUCUGUGGGAAAGGUUUCUCGAGGCCUGACCACUUAAGCUGUCACGUAAAACAUGUUCAUUCAACAGAAAGACCCUUCAAAUGCCAAUUUUCCUCCCUCAUGCAGACGUGCACUGCUGCCUUUGCCACCAAAGACAGACUGCGGACACACAUGGUGCGCCAUGAAGGAAAGGUAUCGUGUAAUAUCUGUGGUAAACUUCUGAGUGCAGCAUAUAUCACCAGCCACUUAAAGACACAUGGACAGAGCCAAAGUAUCAACUGUAAUACAUGUAAACAAGGUAUCAAUAAAACAUGCAUGAAUGAAGAGACCAGCAACCAGAAGCAGCAGCAGCAGCAACAGCAGCAGCAGCAGCAGCAUGUGACUAGCUGGCCAGGGAAGCAGGUAGAGACACUGAGAUUGUGGGAAGAAGCCGUCAAAGCCAGGAAGAAAGAAUGUCAGUUCACCUUUGAGAAGGCUAUAGAGUACGUACCAUUCGAAGCUGCUAACCUGUGCCAAACUUCCACGGCUGCUACGACACCUGUGACUCUUUCUACUCCAUUCAAUAUAACUUCCUCUGUGGCGUCUGGGACUAUGUCAAACCCAGUCACAGUGGCAGCUGCAAUGAGCAUGAGAAGUCCAGUAAACGUUUCAAGUGCAGUUAAUAUAACUAGUCCCAUGAACAUAGGGCACCCCGUAACCAUAACCAGCCCGUUGUCCAUGACCUCUCCACUGACGCUCACCACCCCGGUCAACUUACCCACCCCAGUCACUGCUCCAGUGAAUAUAGCACAUCCAGUCACCAUCACCUCUCCUAUGAAUCUCCCCACGCCGAUGACGUUAGCUGCCCCUCUAAAUAUAGCAAUGAGACCUGUAGAGAGCAUGCCUUUCCUCCCCCAAGCUCUGCCCACCUCACCCCCUUGGUAAACAGUGUUAAAAGAUGGUUCAAAGUGGAUACUUACCAGCAGUUUAUGUUUCAGUUACUCAAAGCAAAGUUCAAGCGAGAAACGGGGAGAUCUCAUUACACUAGUUCAUAAGAAAGACCUUAGUAGCAGCUUUCUCCAAUUUGGCUGGGAUUUUUCAAAGUAGGGUGUGUAAUUUAUCCCCGGACCACUUUCGCUUUAAGCAGAUUCUCCCUCUCCCUCCCCCCCACAAGCUGGCAGCAGAGUUGCAAAAGGAUAGUAGUUGGUGGAAGACCAGAAUUAAAACCAAUCACUUAAAAGAAACAAGGAAAAACAAAAGAAGAGCAUUACUUUUCAUCCCAGAAAAUUAUUCUAACUAGCAAGUCGUUUUACUCUUGAACACUAGCAGAGCCCUUCCUCUCCCAGAAAGAGCGAGUGGUUGAUAUUAUUUUUUUUUUUUUAACUUGCCAGGUUCAAAUCCACUGAUUCAGAGCUAGUGUAGAAUCGUCUGUGUUUAGUUUUUAUGAGUAAAUGCAUUACAUUGUCAUAAUAAAAUGCAUUUCAGAGGAUAUGCAUUUUACCUUUGGGAAUAUGUUAAUUUCAGGCAGAAUUCCCUAUGGGAAAGGUGAUACCAGCUCUGAUAUGCAAAGCAUAUGAUAAUUUAUCAUUCUAACUUCAACGUAUAAUAGGGAUUGUGACCUGAUAUUUGGAGAUGUAAAUAUUGCUCAGCAUAUUAACCCUGACGGAGUAGAGCAUCGUAGUUGACUCUUUUUUUUUUUUUUUUAAAUUGUUUGUGUUUGGUAAGAAAAAGGUCGCAGCUGACAGAGGAGGAGUCAAGUGUGUGGACACACAGGCUCCCGACAGACGGAGACCUGUGGGACUCUUUAUUCAGGAGCCAAAGGAGUGCUUCGGAACACUUCAGAAAAAUAUUGCUUUAAAUUGGAAAGCGCCGGAGGCCCCGGGAUGUGAUGUAUAUGCCCCUCCCUCUCCCAACCAGAACCUGUUGAUGUUACAACAGCAGGGACAGAUGUGUUAGUCGCUAACUAGAAGUUUUUGUCUUAUAUUAAAUUGUAUACAGUUUUUAUUCUAACCACUAACUAGGUAGGAUGCCCCUUCAGGACAAGCAGAGAGUGUCUUUUUGUUUUGUUUUGUUUUUGUUUUUAUUUUUUUUGUUGUUGUUUUUUGGGUGUUUUUUUUUUUUAUUUCUCCUUUCCUGUUUCUUAAUCAAGUGUUGUGGAAACCUGUUCAACUUUGUAAAUAUUUACCAACAUCACUUUUUUUUUUCUUGUGGAAAAACACUUCUAUCAGCUCUGUGGGGUUUUCAGGGAGAUGGGCAGCCCUGGGCUUCCUGCAGAAACCCCACGAUGAUUGCGCACGUUCAGACAUGUGCUUUUUAUUUCUCAGCAGAAUGUUCUAUCUGUACAUAAAGUAGAAACCAAAAGUUAGGGAAACAUACCGUUUAGACCAUCAUGCCACACAUUAAUGUUUUUAAAACAUUGUGCUUUUUUUUUUUUAGAAAAAAAAUCCUAAAACCAAGACUCUACAUGAAUUUUUUUAAGUUGCAAUAUAUAUAUAUAUAUAUUUUUUAAUCUUGCAGUUGAGAGCAAUGGAAAUUAGUUGUGUUAAUCUUGCAGAACGUUUGCAGGACUGACUGUCAAACUGGAUGACUUCCGUUUAUGCCCCCAACUGUGUCGGUUCAAGCAUCAAAAAAAAACAAAAAAAAAAACCCAACCCUUUCUGAGGCAGACUUUUUACACCAGGGGACAGGUAUCUGUGUCAUUAUACAAAGCAGUUCUAGAGGGGGUUGAACUACAUAGUAAAAAAAAUAAAUAAAUAAAUAGAGCUUAGUGUAAAAUAAUUUUAUAAAUGAUCUUUUGUACUUUAGGACAUUAAAUUGUACAACUUUUGUAUAUAUAAAAGCUUAGGAACUUUCUGUGUAGCAGGAAGGCAACACAUUCCUACACUUUUAAUGUAUAUGUUUGUUAUAAUGUCCAUGUAAACAUAUGCCCUAUGUUUGUGCCUUUUAAUUAGUUUGUCUCAAUAAACAAAAUGUAGAGAAAAAUAUGUAGCUAUGACUUUGUUACAACUGUUCUUUCCCACAGUACAGAGCUGUUUUGUUUUUAAUAUGUAGAGCAUUAUGUGUGGACUACUGGAAGAACUAGUGCAGGGUAGGCCCGAGCACAGCCUCACCUCCGUCCCCCGCCCCACUCUUCCACCUCUUCCCUACCACCACCCCGCCCCCAACCGAGUCCUGCAGGGGUCCAGCACUGGCCCCUCGUGGGGCAGCCCACCUGCCCCGGAGCCCUGACCGCUGGGAUCCACUGUCCCCAGGGCGGGGAAGGGCGCACCUGCUGGAGCCUCUUCGGAGCCUCUUCGGAGGUGUUUUCCCCACCCCGUCCCCCCAGAGUGGUCGCCAGCAGCCCUCAGUUGGGUCUGUUCCCUUCCCCCUUCCUCCCCUCCUCCCCCCACCCCCGGGCUAGACUGAACCCUGAAAGUAUUAGUUCUAAGACAUGGAGAUAUUUACUAGAGUUGAUUGUUUUACCAAUCCAUUGUAUAAUAAACAGGAGUGAGACUUCAUUGUAUGACCUUAGUUAAAACGCUGUUUCGUAUGCAUCCUUUACUCACUUAAGAAGCUUGUCUGCAAUAAUAAAGCCACGUUGUGUCUUCUUUUGGGAGGGGGAGAGGCAGGGGGGUGCGGGGAAGGACCAGAAGUGUGAUGGGAUGAGAUCGUCCCGUGUCGCGUGGAGCAGGGAGUUGGGUUUCUGAGGUUCCCCCUUGGACUACCUGAGCCGAGGGAGACGGAGGCCCAGCGAGCGGUGUGACGUGAAAGCCGGUAGGAUGAUGUAUUCUCGCUUUUGGUUGUAACCUAGCUCGGCUCCCCUCUUAUCAGAUCGGCAGCUAAACGGUUGUAUUAGAUAAUCCUCAAAUCUGACAUCUGACCUGUUACGCUCUAGGCUCGAUGCUUGGCCUGCGUUUUGCUUUUUACUGUGUAUCCAUUUCCCUCCUAAGGUGUUUUCCUAAAUGAAGGUUUCUAUGUAUGCAGAUGAUUUUACCUUGUCAAUACCAGCACUGUAUUACUAACAUGCAAAAUACUGCAAAUUUAUUUUGACAAAUUAAAGUUAACCGGUCACAAA